GGCCGCCAGACGGGAGAAGGAUCCGUCUUUGAGCAGGUAUUCAGUAGCCGUCUGCUCCGUCAGCCAUUGUUUCGUCUGUGAUGUGACGACUGGAAUAGUCGUAAGGAGUAAGUUUUGUUAUCAUGUGGCAGGUGUUGAAGAAGCGCCAUCUACAUGGAAUGAAACAGUGAACGAUUGAGAAGUGACUGAUGGCACUGACUGACAAGAUGUAACCAACUUCAACAUCUCUCGUCUGACCUUGGAAGGAAAAAUGAAGGAGACACGACUUUACUUUGUUUCAUUUACUACAAACUGUAUUUACUAAAUGUACCAUUUUAUACAAAAACCCUCACUGAAUAUAACGUGCUCGCUGUUGACGCUACCGUAUGGGAUAUCUAAUAGUGCGAAUAACCGUGGGAGCUACAAGAGUUUGUUAGCCUCAAAUGGAGUCUUGGUGUAUUGUUUUUGUGUUUUGAAAUUGCAACCACAAAUCUCUGAUCCACUAUGACCAACAGAGAUGACCCCAUGCAUGGUGACCCUGACCAAUCAUCCACGGUGCUCCUUCCCCCAGAUAGAGUGGACAGAUCAGACGCCGUACCCAUGUUAACUUGCGACGCUGAUGAUGACCGUGACGACCACCGGAAGUCAGAAGGCUUUCUUACCAUCACCCGGAAAUACGUCCCGACGAUGAAGUUGCAGAGGCCAGCAUGUAGCACGGUGCGGCGAUUUCUGCUAUUGAUUGUGGGGUGUGUUCUCGUCGGAUUGUCGUUGAUCCUCAUGGUAACCGGAACCAUUAGAUUCCACCAGUGCCAGAAUCACAAGGGGUCUUCAGUCUGGGACAACCAGUUCCUUGGAACUCACUUCGCGGAUCUGGUGUCUUUAAACAACUUCGCUCUGGAGAAGGUCACUGCACAGACGUCAACCAACAUAGCGGCAGCAGACGGCGAAUCCAAGUAUGCUGUAGAUGGCGACAUCAAUACGUGCUCAGAGACAGACGCGGAGAUUCGUCCUAUCUGGGAGGUAGAUCUGGGUACCGUCCGACCUGUGGGUGACGUCAUGAUCCACGGCCGCGUAGGGUUCGAUUUCCAUGACAUGUACGUGUACAUCAGAAACACUAACUCCAGUGGUGACCGCCAGGUGUGUUUCAGUCACCCCGAGCCCCUAAAUAGUCACGUGCUCGUCACAAACUGUCGUCAGGACCUCAGCGGCAGAUACGUAACGGUGGAGAUGACCUCUAAGGACCGUGCUCCUAAUGUGCGCCUGGUGCUGUGCGAGGUCAUCAUCACACAGAGGUAACAACACACAUUUGUAAAGGCGGUAACAUUCCGGGGACUUCAAACAAAAGGUGGCAUCAGACCUGUGGUACGAGGAAGUGUUAGAUAAGAGACAAUGAUGCAAGUUGGAAAUAUUUCAAAUUUCCGAAACAUGGACAAUCGUACGCGAUAUCGUUUGUACUAUAAUAUAUACGAGGGACAUUAUCGAUGGCAGAAACGUGAACUGGAAUUGCAUGCCAUAAAAUGGACUAAAAUGACACGGAUCACGUGACACUAGUAUUUUUGCUGUGACGGCCACUCGUCAGCAGAGGGACGACAGUCCUAAAGAUAUCUGAUUUAUGUACUUUUAUAGACUGCCGUUCCAGUCAGGGUAUUUUAUACGGAUGUGUGCGCUGGACAAUCAUGUGUUGUAGUGUUUGUACGUCUAUACAUUGUAUAUAUAAGUGUGUAGAUUCAUUUACGUUUUUUGUUCAAUCAUUGGUUUUGUGUCCAGAUGUAUUAUGUAAAACCGUGUUUCAUCAUUUCUAGAAGCUUCCCCAGUAGAGGGCGUCCCUAAACACAGAGUUUUAUUGCCAUUGACGACUCAUUUAAAUUUGUACAAUAUUACUGGAGAAACUGAGAAUGCCACAAAGUGUGCGAACGUCACUCAUACGUGUCUGGUGAUUGUUUCUCAAUGAGGACCAAUAUGUCUACUGUGUUAACACGCUAGCUGUGAUCUUGCUUGGAAUCUAGAUAUGGAGUAGUUUACAGAUGUAACAUAUUGUGUUUGACGCAUCGUUUCUUCAAACGACAACAUAUUAUCGGUGAAUCGUGUGGUUUCUCUCUCUGAGAAAUAAAGCUAUAUUUACA